UAUUACCAUAUAACAUAGAAAGGAUUCCUGGAUCGAUUUGUGCUUCUGUGCUUUUUGUGUCUCUGUUCUGUUUUCUCCAACCCCCAAUUGAGUAAUACAGAUGAGCGUUUAUUAGUGUUGCACCGAUUCCGAUACCAGUGUCGGACGGGGCCCAGAUACCGCACUAAAAUGGUGGUAUCGGCAUCGGCGAGUACCAACAAAUAGGGCACGAUACCAUUUUAAUGUUUGUAUGUCACUUGAACGCAGCCUUCUCUCUCCCGACGCAGCCUUCUCUGCCCCGAUACUCACUAGUAUUAACUAUCGCUAUUGACCUGCUCCAGACCAAUGAGAGCGGGCCAAUAGCCGCUCUUAACCAAUGCCGGGGCAGCUUUUUCAUGCGGUGGGAAAACAAACCAGAAGAAGAAAGAAAGAAGAAAAUGUCUGCGGUCUGGAAGUACUUCGUGAUAGAAACGCUGUCGAGUACAUUGGCGAAAUGCAAGAUCUGAGACCUGAAAGUUUCGAGAGGUGGAGUUAAACAGGGCAGUUUCAAUACAUCGAACUUGAUUAAACAUUUGAAGUCGAAACAUAUGAACGAACACAAAGAGUUUGGGACGGCCAAGAGAACCCGGGAAGGACCGCAGCAACAAACCCUGGUCAAUUCACUUCGCGGGAAAGAGCAGUGGGACGAGAAGAGUGAAGCAGCAAAACAGAUGUCCGAAAAAAUAACCCAGAUGACUGUUCUCUGUAACUUGCCCCUCUCCUUCGUUGAAAGCGUGGGCUUCCGGCUUUUUAUGGCUCACGCAGUACCUAAGUUUAAAGUCCCAAGUCGCAAAUACGUCACAGGGACGACUAUCCCUGCACUAAAAAAUAAAGUGACGGAGUAUGUUUUAGGAAAGCUAGCGGAGGCAGGGGCCAUAAGCUUUUCAACCGACCUCUGGACCAGCCAAGUCUCCCCACUUUCCCUGCUUAGCUUGACAGCCCACUGGGUAGACGUGGAAACAUUCACACCGGAAAGCGUCAUUCUUCAUGCCAAUGAAGUCAAGGGAUCACACACGGGUGAAGCAAUUGCAGGAGCGAUAGAGAGCAUGCUGCUUAACUGGAGCAUCUCGAAGUCAAAGGUCCAUGCCAUGCUUCGGGACAAUGCAAGCAAUAUGAAGAAGGCAAUGAGGGACCUGGGAGUCUCCAGCCUGGGAUGUUUCUCACACAUGAUUCAACUCGUGGUGCACUAUGGACUGCUGUCCCAGAAAAAUGUGAGCGAUGCGCUGGCCAGUGGGAGAAAAAUAAUUGGGCACUUUAAACAUUCCCCACUGGCCACAUCAAGACUUGAAACUGUUCAGACGGGACUGGGAAUCCCAGUCAAACGUCUGAUCCAAGAUGUUCCCACCCACUGGAACAGCACCUUUUAUAUGACUGCGAGCCUGCUGGAGCAAAAGAGUGCCAUCUCACUCUAUGCUGCAGACCACCAGCUCCCAGCAACACUGACAGCAAGUCACUGGACCUUGCUGGAGAAAAUCAACGCUAUUCUGGCUCCAUUUGAAGAGAUCACAAAACAGAUCAGCGUCGCCACCUCCACCACCUCAGAGGUCAUCCCCUCAGUGGUCGUCCUGAAGCGUCUGUUGGCCAAACAGACCACAGAGGACAGCGGGAUAAAGACAAUGAAGGCGACACUUCUAGCAGCUUUGGGCACAAGAUUCCAGACCGUUGAGGCGGAGCCCUUGUACUCUGUUGCAACCAUAUUAGACCCACGUUACAAAGACAGAUACUUCACAAGUGCAGAGAGUAGUAAGCUUGCAAGAAGUGCACUGACCCAAGAGGUGGAGAAAAAUGAGGAGUCCUCACUGCAGACAACCACCACUGAGGCAGCAGACCCAGCCAGUAAGACCCCACGGAUGACAGCAGAGCCCAACGCAAGCAGCUGCUUUAAGGGGCUGUAUGAGGAAUUCCUGCAAGAGCAUGCUGCUGAACAAGGUGGGGCCAGCAGCACAGCUACACAGGUACAGAUAGAGACAUAUCUGGCUGAGAAAACAAUCCACCGCACAGAGAGCCCAUUCGAGUACUGGGGAAAGAAUAAAGAACGGUUCCCCUCCCUGGCUACUACAGCUGCAAAGUUUCUCUCCGCUCCCUCCACCUGCGUAGAUAGUGAGAGGCUUUUCAGCACACCCUCUAACAUACUUGAUGAGAAGAGGAAUAGGCUGUCAGGAGAUCAUGUAGAAACGCUGAUCUUCCACAAGAAAAAUCUGCCAAUGUACCUGAGCUUGAACCCCAAGGACUUGAAUCCUCAAGAGGACUGAGUAAACACUACUAGGUGUUGUGUGACAGAUCUGUCACUAAUGUGAAAUUUAUUUUUUUCCGUUGCUUGUUUUAGUUUGUUCAGUGUGGAUUUUGCAAUUGGAACUUGUUGUGAGGAAACUAGCACCUAAAAUGGUCUUUUAUUUAUUUCUUAUGUCAGUUCUGAUUAAUCCUAUUUGUUCUUACCUCAGAUACUCCUUAAUGCAGCUAUCUCUCAAAUAUACCUCAUAUGUAUAUUAUUUCUUAUUUUAAUAUAAUUAUACGUUCUUACUGUGCUAGUAUUAUAAAUGUUACAAUUUUAUGAAGUUGCACUAUUUUGGCAUUUGGGAGACAAGAUUCAGGGCAUUUAAGAGUUUAUUCUAUUAUUAAUAUAAUUUUAACUUUGUUACUGUUGCACUACAAUUAUACAUGUUAUAAUUUCAAUUUCAUGUUGCACUGUUUUGGCCAAAAGUUUAUUAAACUAUUGUCACCCGUUCCAGGUAGGCAAUAAAAAGUUCUACUGGAUUUACUUUGUAUUAG